UACGAAACUAUUACAUGUUUUAGUGCCUACAGUCUCAAUUCAGUUUAUCAAGAAUCGUGACAAACGAUAUACGACCGCUCACAUUGGCAAAAUAUUAAAUAAUAUAAUUUAAAUUACCGUUUUAAUAUCAUCAUAAAAUGUAACCAAAGUGGUUUUAUUAAGUUUUUAUUAUAAGUGUAAAAUAGCAAAUUAAUUAUACUUUUUAUACGUUUUUGAUAAUCGAAAAUGGGAAAAUAUUUUUACAUAUUUCAAGAGGGGAGUAAAGUGAAUCAGAUAAUAUGUGCGAUUUUGGUGAACAUGCCAGUUUUUGCGUACGGAGCCGGUAUCGGUUGGAUGUCGCCAAUGUCUCUACUGCUUCAAUCAAAAAACUCUCCUAGAGGAAUACCACUUACUGAUUUUGAGAUGUCAUGGAUAGCUGCAGUACCGUAUCUGACAUGUGUGCCAGCUAAUUACUUGAUGGCCCUUAUUGGUGAUAAGCUAGGAAGAAAACUGACAUUGUUUAUUAUAUCAGGUCUAUCGUUUACUUGCUGGGCAAUAAAACUUUCAUCUAUGGAAGUGUGGGCCUUUAUUCUAGCAAGAGCGAUAUUUGGUAUAACAAUGGCUGGCGCUUAUGUAACCUGCCCUCUGUACACCAAAGAGAUUAGUUCAAAUAGCGUGAGGGGAAUGCUGGGUACCUUGGUUAUCCUUUUCCAUACUACGGGCAAUUUGUUCCUGUACAUCAUCGGUGACAUUCUGAGUUACCGAACUAUUCUAUGGAUCUGUUUGGCGAUGCCGACAUUCCAUUUGAUCCUCUUUAUGAUGAUGCCCGAGUCUCCAUCUUACCUCGUGAAGAAGAAUGAUAUGGAGGGAGCCGGCAGAGCUUUAGCAUGGCUCAGAUGUAGGAAGGAAGAAGAUCCAAAAGUCAUGAGUGAAAUCGCUGAAAUAAAAAAGGAACAAACGAAAGAUGAAGAAAGCAAUAAAUUUGUUAUUAAAGCUAUUUUACAAGACAAGAUCUUGAUAAGAGCUUUCAUAAUAGCCAUGGUGACGGCUUUAGCGAGGGAAGUGUGUGGUGCUAUUCCAGUUCUAAACUUUGCUGGGGAGAUCUUCACGAUGGCAUCCGAAGGGUCAGGCAUAGUCCUGUCUCCAAACCAGCAAGCCAUGGCUUUGGGCGCUGUGCAGGUGGCAGGUGCAACUUUAGCUUCUGGCACCAUGGAAAAGGCUGGAAGAAAGCCACUAUACGUGUCCACGGCUCUUAUAUCUGGAUUGAGCAUGUGUGCCUUAGCGUCGUGGUUCGUAGCCAAAUCAUACAGUCUGUACACACCAUCCUGGCUGCCUCUACUAACAUUAUGCCUGUGCAUCUUCUGCGAUUCGCUGGGAUUACAAACUGUUUCCGUUAUCAUCGCUUCGGAAAUAUUCUCUUUUAAGUACCGAGGAUCAGUGUUAGCCAUGACAAUGUCAGCAGCAUCAACAGCCGCAUUCCUCCAAGUGGUAUUCUUCAAAUCUCUCGUUAACGCCAUAGGCGUACAAGUAGCAUUCUACUUCUUUGGAGUUAUUUGCCUAUGCGCAGCUGUUUUCGUCAUCAUCUACGUACCGGAAACCAAAACGAGAAGUCUUGAAGAAAUAUACGAAGACUUGAAGACUAAGAAAGAGAAGAGAAUAGAAAGAGAAAAAGAGAUGGCAAGUAGUGCGGAGAAGUGUGUAUAAUAUUAAAUUUAUUUAAAAUUUA